AUGUCUACCCUGUCUUAUAAGAAACAGGAUGCUUAUGCAAGCACUUCUGGUAUUCCGGAUAAGAUGGCCGUUUUCCAAGAAUGUCUUCAACAAUUUAAUGCCUCACCAGUUAAUGCUAAAAAGUGUCGACAACUAUUAGCCAAAUUGUUAAGAUUGAUCUAUAAUGGUGAAACUUUCCCAGCUCAAGAAUCAACUACUUUGUUUUUCUCCAUUUCUAAAUUGUUCCAACAUAAGGACCAAUCUUUGAGACAAUUGGUUUAUUUGACAAUUAAAGAAUUAUCCUCAACUUCUGAUGAUAUUUUAAUGGUUACUUCUUCAAUCAUGAAAGAUAUCCAAGGUAAUGAUGCAGUUUACAAACCAAAUGCCAUUAGAACCUUAUCUAAAGUGUUAGAUCCAACUACUGUUAAUGCAGCUGAAAGAUUAUUCAAGAAUGCUAUUGUUGACAAGAAUCCAAUUGUUUCUUCUGCUGCCUUGAUUUCUUCUUAUAACUUGUUACCACACGCCAAAGAAGUUGUUAAAAGAUUUACCAACGAAACUUUGGAAACCAUCCAAUCUUAUAAACAAUUCCCACCAAACCAAUUCCAAUUACAUGAAUAUUAUGGUACUUCAACCUCCAAUUUACCUUCUACUAGUUACAUGUAUCAAUACCAUGCAUUGGGUUUGAUUUAUCAAUUAAGAAAUCACGACAAAAUGGCAUUGAUGAAGUUGAUUACUUCUUUGUCUGAAGGGUCUUCAUUGAAAAACUCCUUAUCCAUUAUUCAAUUGAUUAGAUAUAUCAACAAGAUUUUGAAUGACGAUGAAUCAUUGAUCAACCACUUGUACCCAAUUUUGGCUGGAUUCUUGAAACACAAGUCAGAUAUGGUUGAAAUUGAAGCCUGUAAGACUUUAAUUAACUUGCAACAUUUGAUUAAAGAUGAUCAAUUUAUGCAAAUUGUCACUACUUUACAAAAAUUAUUAAGUGUCCCAAGAACUGCAACCAGAUUUGCUGCCAUUAGAUUAAUUAACAAGGUUUCCAUUAAACACCCAGAAAAGAUUAUUGUUGUCAAUUUGGAAUUGGAAGGAUUGAUUAAUGAUAGUAACAGAUCUAUUUCAACAUUGGCCAUUACCACUUUGUUGAAGACCAUGGGUGCUGGUACUGUCGAUACUGGAUCUGCCGGUGGUGAAAGUGUCGAUAGAUUAAUUUCCAAGAUGACUUCCUUGAUGGAUGAAAUCACCGAAGAUUUCAAGAUUGUCAUUAUCGAAGCUAUUGAAAACUUGGCUUUGAAAUUCCCUGCCAAACACAAGAAAUUGGUUUCUUUCUUGACUGACUUGUUGAGAGAUGAUGGCUCAUUAGAGUUGAAGAGCAGUAUCGUUGAUGCUUUGUUUGAUUUAAUCAAAUUUUUACCAGAUGCUAGUGCUAAACAAUUGAUCUUAAUGAAUUUGUGUGAAUUCAUUGAAGAUUGUGAAUUUACUGAAUUAUCAGUACGUAUCUUGCACUUGUUAGGUGACGAAGGUCCACAUACUUCCAACCCAUCAUAUUACAUUAGACACAUUUACAACAGAUUGGUUUUGGAAAACUCCAUUGUCAGAUCCUCUGCUGUUAUUGCAUUGGCUAAAUUUGCUGCUGUAUGCGGUGGCGAUGUUUCUAAGAAUAUUGUCAUCUUGUUGGGUAGAUGCUUGAACGAUGUUGAUGAUGAAGUUAGAGAUAGAGCUGCUAUUUCUUUGAACUUCAUCAACAAUGGUAAAAAGAAUUUGAUUGUCAGUGACUCAAGAUAUGACUUAAAUGCUUUGGAAAGUAAAUUAAUUCAUUAUUUGAACAAUGAAGAAAACUUUAGUGCUAAAUUUGAUAUUGAUGAAGUUCCAGUUAUUUCUAACGAAGAAUUGAAAUCCAUAGAUUACAACAGAAAGAUUAACAAAUUGGAAAGCUCUACUACAGACAGUAACGAUGUAUCCGAUGCUGAAGAGAAGAAGGGUAAGACUGGUGGUGAAUCUAGUGCUGACAAUGUUGCCAAUGACUUGUUGAGACAACAGCAGUAUGCUCAAGAAUUGUCUGCUAUUGCUGAAUUUGAGGCAUUUGGUAAAUUGACUAAAUCUACUGCUAAUCCAGUUUACUUGACUGAUAAAGAAAAUGAAAUUGUUGUCAGUGUUGUUAAACAUUUGUUUGUUGAAUCUCAAAAAUUGGUCUUACAAUACAAUAUCAACAAUACUUUACCACAUACUGUUUUGGAAGAUAUUUCCGUUAUUGCUCAACCAGAUAAUGAAUUAUAUCAAGAAGAUUUCAUUAUUCCAUUGGGUGAAUUAAAACCAGACCAAACUGGUAUUGUAUAUGUUGCAUUUUCUACACCAAGUAUAAACGACGAAGAAUUGCUCUCGGCGUUUGGCAACACUGUUGCUUAUACUAAUAAAGAUUUGGAUGAUGAUGGUAAUGUUGACCCAACUGAUGAUGGUUGGUCUGAUGAGUACCAAAUUGAUGAUUUGGAAUUAUUGGCUGGAGACUUUAUCAUUCCAUUAUACAACUCCAAUUUCACUGCUGUCUUUGAUCAAUUGUCUAAUGUGGAAUCUGGUGUUGUUAACAUUAGUAAUGUUGAAACUAUAGAGAAUGCUGUUACCAAAUUGAGAAAUGUUUUGAAUAUGUUGCCUUUGGAUGGUUCUGAUUAUGUUCCAAGUGAUAGCACUUCACAUACAUUGAAAUUAUUAGGUAAGGAUGCUUGGGGUGGUAAAGUUGGUGCUUCUAUUAGAUUAGCAGCUACUGGAGGUAAGAUUGUUGCUAAAGUUGAAACAAGAACUGAAACAGACAAUUUUGGAAAUGUUGUCAUUAAUAGUGUAUACUAG